UUGAGGACACAGCAGGGCAACAUUUAAAUAGAGAACAGGCAGGCAUCAGGAGCUCGCACAGACUGAAAGUACUAAUAUCAAAAGAAAUCAAAGUCAGAGGACAUACAGCUUCCUGGUAACAGCUCAGACAAUGGACAUGUCAGUUCGAUCAAAAGAUGAUGAAUAUGAAAAUACAGGAGGUAUCUACACUGGACUAAUCUUGCCUGAUAAUAAUGAAUACAGCACAUUGAAGCCAACCUCAAAUCCUAUUCAAGAAGCACAAAAAACAGCUAAAAGCAGGCUGUGCUGUCCCCCUUACAAAGUAGCUACAGUGUGUCUGGGACUGCUAUGUGCCUUCUCAGUGAUUGUCAUCAUUAUCCUGUUUGUCUACUUGGAGGUCCCCAAACAGUGUCCUGUGGGCUAUGUACAAUUCACCUCCCGAUGUUACCAUUUCUCCAGUGAGAAGGACGACUGGUUCAACAGCCGCAAGCUCUGCAAAAGACAGGGAGCGGACCUUGUGGUAAUAGACACCAUGGAGGAGCAGGUGUUUGUGCACAGUCACUAUACACAUAGCAAAUACUGGAUUGGGUUGAGGAAUUCAUCCGAAGAGAGGACCUGGCUAUGGGUGGACGGGUCCCAGCUCGACGUGGGGUACUGGGAUGACGGAGAACCCAACAACUUAGGACUGAAUGAGGACUGCGUUCACGGAUACAAGGAUCUUAAUGCUCUGAAGAACUGGAAUGAUAUAAAAUGUGACAACCACUUUAACUGGGUCUGUGAAACCAGCCGUCCGUGAGCCGUACGUCUCACACGUACACACGUGCACACACAUACACACUCACACACACACGCACACACACACACACACACACACACAAAUGCAUAUGAUGGUACAAAUGGUCUGUCCAAACAGAAAAACACAAGAUGUUAUUGUAUGUAUGGUUCUUUUUCACUGCAAUGUGCCCCUGUGACUUUUGAUAUUUCAAAUGAAUAAAUGUGUAAUGUUUA